AUGCGAGUACUUAGCAAACAGUUCAUGCCGUGGCCGUACUCCUCCCUGGCUGGCUGGAGGCUAAGCUCGAUUGCCGCAGCGCUAUAUAACCGUCCCUCUCCCUCUCGCUUCCGUCCCACUGCUCGAGCGAGCUCCAGCUCUCAAGAAAGCACGCGGGAUCAUGGCGCCUCUCCUUCGCCCGCUCGUCCUCGCGCUCCUGGUCGCGUCCUGCGCCGCGCAGCAGGCGCCGCCGGCGCAGCCCCCGCAGACGCCGAACGCCCCGCCGCAGGCGCCUCCGGCUCCCCAGGCGCCUCCAGCAGGGAACCCACCGCCGGCUCCCCAGGCACCUCCGGCCGGCAACCCGCCUCCCGCACCCACCACCCCUCCUCCGGCUCCGACCACGCCGCCCCCGGCUCCGACCACCCCUCCUCCGGCACCCACCACGCCGCCCCCCGCCCCGGUGACUCCCCCGCCAGCCCCCACCACGCCGCCGCCGUCGCCGCCGGCCUCUCCCCCGCCCGCUCCCACCACCCCGCCGCCGUCUCCCCCGGCGACCCCGCCACCCGCUCCCGCCACCCCGCCCCCGUCCCCGCCCAUGGCGCCGCCUCCGGCCACGCCUCCUCCCCCCGCCACCCCGCCUCCGGCCGCGCCCACGCCGGCUCCCAGCACCGCCCCGACGCUCCCGCCCAUGGUGACACCGGCCGCGUCCCCGAAGAGCCCCAAGACCCCGAGCCCCGCCGCCGAGACGUCCCCGGCGCCCGCGCUCUCGCCUGCUGGCACGCCGCCGACCGAAGACUCGGGUGCAAGCGCACGCGCGGCCGGCUUCGCCACGGUCGUGGCGUUGGCGGGCGCGGGCCUCGCCCUCCUGCUUUGAGUAGUAGAUCUCCUCCUCCUCCUCCGAUCCUGUCGAUGUUGCCAUCCCUCCCCGGCUCCCCGUGCGUCGACGACGACGCUGCUCCUCCGUCUCCAUUUCAUCUCUCUUUUUUUCUUUCUUUUUUCUACCGUGUUGUUAUUUAAUUUUACCGGCAUGCUCGGACCGACCGAUUCUUGAUGUACGAUGAUGACGAUGGUGAUGCAUUGGUUUCUUUGGUUCCGCGGGCGGAUUAUUGGUGGUUAGUGUUCUGCUCCGCGGCGGGUGUCGCACUGUACUUUUACCGCACUACAUUUUGGUUCUAUAGAGAGGAUUUUGUGUAUAUUCUUGGUGCAAUAUUUCUGUGGCAGUUACAUAAAUUCUCUAUGCGGAUUAUUACC